GUCAAAAAAAAAAAGAAGGAUAAUGCGUUCAGUAACGCACUGCAUUAUAAAAUCUUCUGGAUGGACCAAUGAGAACAUUAGAUAAGAACUUGUUACAUUUAAAUACGAACGAUUGGUAGAAAAUCGUGUUGACAUCCAUUUACCAUGGAGAUGCACUCUCGUAUUACCAACAAUUGACCGAAUGGAUCCACUCCGAAAUUGAAUUAUAAUUAAACUAAAAUGUAUUUUAUUAAAAAAAAUAUUCAAUCCAAAUAGUAGGUCCUAUCAUAAUGUUUACAUUAAGAUAUUCGUUAGUUUUUCUUUCGAUAAAUAUAAUGCAGACCGUAAAUUACGAAAAAGAGUGUCAAGUCGGUGUAGGAAUGUGGCACUUCAAAAUGGCUGCCAGUCACUUUAGUAAUUUACGGCUCUAUCUUUCUUUGUUAUCGCUUGUAUAAUUAAAACGGUGGAUCGAUAAAGAGAUUAUUUGAAUUUAUUUAAAAAUAGUGUAUCAUACGUUAAAUAAGCACGAUAUACUCUUCUAAUGGAUAUUAGAUAUAUGUGAGAACGUAAUAUGCUCAGGAAUCACAUUCUUGUCACCAUUGCUUUUAAAAAGAAACUUUUCAUGAAGAAUUUUAUUGGCAAAACACAUUAAUUGUGUAUUGAAUAAAGUGUUACAAAAUAAUAGAUUGUAUUUAAGAAAGAUUUCUAAUCAGUUAAAUAACUCCUAUGUUGAAUAGGUUAAACAUUGAAAUGCUGAGUACUAUCAUGUACGAGAAUACCAAGGUAGCAGCACUUCUUGAACAUUUUGUGUACAUCGAUGUCUAACUAUAGUUAUUGCAAUUUCGUAUAUAAAACAUGCACGAAAUUGUAAUACAAUUGAUGAUAUAUAACAAAGCUGAUCAUAUUAUUUUAUAUCAGUAAGAAGUUUCGACAUCAUUUGUCAAUUUACAGACUAUUGUCAUAAUACUUGUAUUCUUCUACGAAUUAUUAAAAAAGAAACAUAUACUUUUAAAGUGACAUUAUUGCAAGUGAAAUAUUUUCAUAAUACAGUGUUGCUUGCAUCCAAUCAAUCCUUUGUGUAUUGUGCAUUACAAAAAUUUGUAUCGUUUCUACUACCAUGACAGCUCUGAGUGUUUGUGGAAAAGUACAUUAAAACAUCUAUCUAUAUUGUUCUAUAUAUAUAUGCCCCAGCCAGAUUAAAGCUAGGUCCCUAAGGACCUAGCAUGGGCCACUAUGAAUCCUCCUGCGGUCAGCAAAUCGAGCACUCGUGGCUCUGGAUACCAUCAAAAGGCACUAGCUGAAAUCCGCAACUCUUUACUACCAUUCGCUAACAUUGGAGGAGCAGGAGAAGUUGGUUCCAGUGCAGCUAGUACUAUAUCAACUUUAUCGACAACUAGUGGUAUCAGUUCGGCAUCAGGUCUCAGUGGUCUUUCUGCUGCAUCUGGGUGCACAGAUAAACCUGAUCAACGUCAGGCAAUAGCGCAGUUAUUAGCCAUGGGAUACUCAGAGGAAAUAGGGUUACGUGCCCUGAAACUCGCAGGAUGGCGCUUAGAUGGAGCAAUAGAGUUCUUAAAACAAGCACAAGGAGAAUCUCUUAAUGGCCUUGGUAAACUUAAUACCAAGCUGAUAAGAAAACCAAGUUUAGAAAGGGAGCUAAGUCUCCAAAGAGGAAGUCCUGCAUUAGAUAGUGGUGCAGGAAGUUCACGAUCUGACAGUCCACGAUUGACGGAACUUAGUCCACAUCCACAAUUAAGUCGACAAUAUUCACCAAGCAAUUUUGUAGAACGGGAACCACCUCCACCACCUCCUCCAAGAUGUAGUUCUACGCCACCACCACCACCGCCACCUCAUGCUCCAUAUAGUCAACCAAAUGUACCAAGUAAUAUGCAGCAAAUGCUCAAGCGAAUGUCUCCCGCUCCAGUUGUACCGACACGACCCCCUCCAUCGGCACCUGGUAAUUCUGGAUCUACAUCUGGAUCAGGAAAUCCACCUCAAAGAGGUACAAGCCCUGUGGCGUCGUCUAAUAAUAAUACUAACAGCCGCCAACCAAUGAUUGUACAAAAUGGUCCGCAAGUACAACAACAAUUAUCACAACAAAUGCAAGCACUCAGUAUCUAUCAAUCAUGCGAUAGAAAUUCUAGUACACAGGUUGAACCUCCACCUCCUUAUCCGAUAGUCCCUUCCUCAUCUUCUGGUCCUGUUCAACCGCCAUCUUACAGUACUUCUAUGCAAAAUAGACAGAGUCCUACACAAUCUCAACAGGAUUAUAGGAAAAGUCCGUCAUCUGGUAUAUACUCUGGUCCAACAUCAGCUGGAUCACCAAGUCCUAUUACUGUGUCUACUAUAUCUCCAAGUACACAAGCAUCCAUGGCUAGACCUACACCGUUACAGGCUUGGGGAGCACGUCAAGCGAAAACUCAACCACCUAUUAUUAUGCAAUCUGUUAAAAGUACUCAAGUACAAAAACCUGUUCUACAAACAGCCAUUGCUCCAACGUCCCCUCAACCAAUUUGUACAACUAGUAAUACACCGCCACCUCCUCCAUCUUAUGCUUCAUCAAUUCAACAGAAACAACAACAACCACCACCAGCAUAUCCUCCUGUUAAUAAUACUGGUACUGCACCAUCGAGUUCUGUAAGUGUAGGUGUUUCAGUAGGUGUACCAACAACGGAACCUCCUAGUUAUGCUACAACGAUGCAAGUAUUAGCAGCACAACGUGGCAUACAUCAUCCACUUCCUCCCCCUCCUUAUGGAACAGCCAAUGAUGAUACAUCUGGAAUUUCUACGGUAGAAAGUAGUUCUGGGCCUCGAUCUUCUCCAAUUGCUAAUCAUCCUCCAUUGCAAAGAAAAUAUUCACCGGUGGACAAUUGUUCGCAUUCAGUGGAGACACCACCUUUACCUCCAGUAGCAUCGACUUCUGUUUCUUCGAGAAAUAAUAAUAAUCACUCAUCUUUACCGGAUGGAAAUGGAGGAAAGGGAGGUAGUGCGCCGUCAUCUUAUAAAAUAAAACAUCAAUCUCCUAUUCCUGAAAGAAAACAUAUGAGUAAAGAAAAAGAAGAAGAGCGUAGAGAUUGUAAAGUUCGUAAUUAUUCUCCUCAAGCGUUCAAAUUUUUUAUGGAGCAACAUGUUGAAAAUGUACUGAAAUCUCACAAACAACGCUUGUAUCGACGUCUUCAGUUAGAAACAGAAAUGGCUAAAAUAGGCCUAAGUGCAGAAGCACAGUGUCAAAUGAGGAAGAUGUUAUCCCAAAAGGAAUCUAAUUACAUUAGAUUGAAACGUGCAAAAAUGGAUAAAUCUAUGUUCACUAAAAUAAAACCUAUUGGUGUUGGUGCUUUUGGAGAAGUAACACUCGUGAGAAAGCUUGAUACUAAUCAAUUCUAUGCAAUGAAGACAUUACGUAAAGCUGAUGUACUGAAUAGAAACCAAGUAGCUCAUGUUAAAGCAGAACGUGAUAUUCUAGCAGAAGCUGAUAACGAAUGGGUCGUUAAAUUAUAUUAUUCGUUUCAAGACAAGGAUAAUCUAUAUUUUGUGAUGGACUAUAUACCAGGAGGAGACUUAAUGUCUUUGCUUAUUAAAUUUGGUAUUUUUAAAGAACCAUUAGCAAGGUUUUAUAUUGCUGAACUUACGUGUGCAGUUGAAAGUGUUCACAAAAUGGGAUUCAUUCACAGAGACAUUAAACCAGACAAUAUUUUAAUUGAUCGCGACGGACAUAUUAAAUUGACAGACUUUGGACUCUGUACAGGAUUUCGCUGGACUCACAAUUCUAAAUAUUACCAGCAAAAUGGUCAUGGUAAACAAGAUUCAAUGGAUCCAGCCGACGACUGGAACAACGAGUGUCGCUGUAUUCAAUUAAAACCAUUGGAACGUAGGAGACACAGAGAACAUCAAAGAUGCUUGGCACAUUCGUUAGUUGGGACACCAAAUUAUAUUGCGCCAGAAGUUUUGCAACGCACAGGAUAUACUCAGUUAUGUGACUGGUGGAGUGUGGGUGUAAUUUUAUAUGAGAUGCUAGUUGGUUCUCCACCUUUUCUUGCCAAUACACCAGCUGAGACUCAAUACAAGGUCAUUAAUUGGGAGACCACUCUUCAUAUCCCUAAACAAGCUAAUCUAUCACCUGAAGGUAUGGAUUUAAUAUUAAAACUUUGCGUUGGGGCUGAUCGUCGAUUAGGUAAAAAUGCGGAUGAAGUCAAGAGUCAUCCAUUUUUUGCAAGUAUUGAUUUUGAAAAAGGACUACGACGACAGGUAGCACCUCACAUACCUCGCAUACAAUAUCCCACAGAUACAAGUAAUUUUGAUCCUGUGGAUCCUGACAAGUUAAGAAAUUCUGAAUCCUCAGAUUCUAAUAAGUCAGACGAAUUGUUAGACAAUGGGAAACCAUUUCAUGGUUUCUUUGAAUUCACAUUUAGGCGCUUUUUUGAUGAUGGUGGUGGCCCCGCGUAUCCUAGUCGAAUAAGUUUGGAUGAUAAUGAUAAUCAAGGUCCUGUUUACGUAUGACAAUAGGCUAAU